AAAACAUCAGUGCAAACAUUCUGCACUCCUUUCUACUCUGCAGUCGCAGAACACCACACGAAAAUAAUCAUGAAGGUCCGAAAAAGGAACGAAUAUUUGGAUAUAGAAUCCAGUGGUGGGGAAGGGAGUGACGGCGGGUAUGAUUCUGAAGCUGCGCUGGAAGCUAAAGGCAAGGGGAAAGGGAAGGGGAAGGUGACUGGACGAGCGACGAAAAGGCGGAAGCUGUCUCUAUCUGCAUCAGAAUCUGCGUUAGCGGAUGAGGGUGGGGUUGGUAUCGUUAACGGCCGGGGUUCUAAGGGCGGGCGGGAUGCCGGGGUUCUUUCUGCGGAAGAUGAGGAGGAUAGGGAUGAGGACGAAGUUAUUGAUAAUGCGGAUACCGAUGACGAAGAAGAGAACGGUGAUGGAGAAAAAGAUGAAGGAAGCAGGGGGGAGGAGGAGGAGGAGGAGGAGGGGGGAUACCAAGAAUACGAUUCGCAAUCAGAUCAGAAACCCACCUCAACGACAUCCUCCACCGCCCCCACCACGAAGUCCAAGCCUCUUAAACCCAAGGAGACCCGCAAGAAAAACAAAACCGGCGUCAUCUACUUCUCCUCCCUCCCCCCCUACCUCAAACCCUCCGCUCUCAAAUCCCUCCUAACCCAACGCGGCUUCAGCCCCAUCACAAAAAUCUUCCUCUCCCCCUACGUCCCACCCAACGCCUCCUCGUCCACCACCACCGGCAAAAGAGCAAGCAGCAACCGCCGCCGCACAUACACAGACGGCUGGGUCGAAUUUGCCUCCAAGCGCACCGCGAAGAUAUGCGCCGAGACCCUCAAUGCGACCAUCGUCGGCGGCAAGAAGGGCGGCUGGUACCAUGACGACGUGUGGAACAUUAAAUAUCUGAGGGGGUUUAAGUGGGCGGAUUUGAUGGAGCAGGUGCAGCGGGAGAGGGCGGAGAGGGAGGCGAGGAGGCGGAUUGAGGAUGCGCGGGCGAGGAGGGAGGAGAAGGCGUUUUUGGCCGGGGUGGAGAGGGGGAAGGUUGUUGAGGGGAUUCGGAGGAAGAGGGCGGAGAAGGCGAAGGGGAAGGGGAAGGAGGUGGUGGAAGGAGAAAAGGCUGCGGGUGGGAAUGUAGAUGGGGUUGGGGCUGGGGAGGAGAAGGGUUUUAAGGCCAAGGCUGGUUUGGAUGUUCGGAGGGUGUUUAGGCAGAACGAGGUGCUGGGUAGUGGGAAGGCGAGGGAUAGGGGGGAGAAGGCAUUGGAUGCGGAUGCGAAGAGGGUGUUGGGGAAGAUCUUCUAAGGGUGGUCAUUCUCUCUUAUGCUUAUAGAUAUUAUUUAUACACUCGAGGACAAGAUUCGUUUGCGUCUACAUCAGUUAACCCUUUAUCCAAAUAAAGAAACUGCCACAGUUCCGUGAUUCUUGAAUACUUUAUAUAUAUAUAUUUUUUUAAAUCACAUCUACCCUCAUAGUAACGCCAAUGGCCCCAUCAUAAAUGCAAAAUAUUAGUCAUGGCUAUAAAGAAAAGCAGAACAGGCAAAACCUGUCUUAACCGUUCA